GUGGCUGCGCUCUGCGACCGUCUUCAGACCACUGUGAGAACAGCCUGAUGGGAAUAUGUCUCCUGUCGAUUCUCCCCCUUCCUCAGACUUGCGUGCAACCUGUUCCGUGUUUGAGAACGGCGAACGUCUCCUACAGACACGUCGACGUCUUUAACUCCAUCCAGCGCCGUCAAUGACAUUCCUGUCACGAAAUCGAACCGAAGAUCAAGAAGUGCCCGUGUCCUAAGAACCACGAUGGAUCCAAUCACUGCUCUCGGGCUUGCCUGCAAUAUCCUACAACUCGUGGAACAGGGGAUUGAAGCUGCAAAGGUGUGCAAACAGCUAUACCGGCAAGGAUCGUUGGAUGAGAACAAGAAGAUUGAAGAAUACGCGACACUACUCUCGGCUGCAAACAGAGAUUUGGAGGCCACAUUCGGAAAGCAGGCGCUCACAACACCCACACGCGCCACCGGGCUGCAAAAGGUCGCAAAUGACGCUUAUAAAACAGCGGCCGAGCUCAAUAAGAUCCUGAAUCAGCUCAAGGUCUCUAAAAAUCAGAUGGGAGCCGCUUUCAGGACGUCAUUGAAGACCUUGGUAAAGAAAGGCACGAUUGACCGGGUACGAACAGAACUGGAACGGCACGAUGCGGCAUUAAAUUCAGGGCUGCUGAAAGAAUUAUAG